CUUCGAUUCUCGCGGGAGAAGAUGAACAACAAGACGACAGAUGAACUAACUUAAAUUUCUGACAUGCUUUCGUUUUCUAAACGCAAGCGCGUUGUUUACGCAUUUGAUGAAAAAGCAAAGUUUUGUCUGGCAGCAAGACUUAUAAACAACAGACUUCAGAUAUACAGAGAUGAUCAAAGAGAGGCUAUCUUAGUACCGCCUAAAACCGUAACCACUUUUGAGCUACAUAAACUUGAGGACGAUCAGUGGUAUUUAUGGGUAGCUGUUCAAGAUGGAACAAUCUAUCGGAAUUGCCUUCAUCUCACAAACCAUGUUUCAAGUGCAUCCCAAAAAGCCGUCAAAGAGAACCGAUCUAUAUUUGAGGACCUUCUUCAGGACCAACACACACCUGAUAAAGUGCAAGUUUCUAAAAUGACAUGGCUGUCAGAUAACGAUGUAGUAAUGAGACUAACCGGAGUAGUUACUCAUGUUUGCUGUGGAAGUGAACACAUGUGUGUCUCAAGAAUUAAUGGAGAUGAAAUUUCCAUUUGUGUAUACUCCUUGCACAAUCUACUAUCAAACAGUUUGGAUACGACCUUACACACACUGAUACCGCCAUGUCCAAGAAAUCUCUGGUCAUCGUGCAUGCAACCAGACUCACAGGAUCAGUUAUUUUUGUAUUUCCUAGCAACCACUGGAAAGGUGUUGGUUUCUUCAUCGCAGCUUGUUCUGCCAGAAAAUUUAUUUUCUUCUUUUUUUGGAGCAAAUUCUGCCAUCAGGUCCAUACCCAUUCUGAUAUGUGGAGGCUCAUCAGGUGCAGUAUAUUACAGACCUGUUGACACUGCCCAGUCUAGCAGCACUGUGGUUGACUGGCAUUUGCUUUGCCACCUGGGAUGUCCUGUGGUCAACGUUUGUUCCAUCAAAGUCAAGAGAGUUUUGUCAGAGAAGGAAAAGAUGGCAUCAGAAUUGAAGCUUUCCCUAGGACUGCCAGCUUUGUCUUCCUUGGUGGACUCCUUCCUUGUUUGUGGUUCCUCAGGCUUGUGUUGCAUCCUCACCACCAUCCCAGAAUCUAAUGACAUCACCCAGAAAUUCAUCAGAGUCGUGACAACAUUUACAUUGCCAGAUGUUAUUCAAUGCUGCUGCAGCAAAGGCGAGAUGUUGUUUUUCUCCACCGGUCAUGGCAUAAAAAGGUGCAACCUCACCCUGACCAAAGGUCCUGAGGGCGAAGGAGAUAAGCACAGUGUGCAGGUUGAGUGUGUCAGCCUACAUGUAGCCUCUGUAUCAGAUAUGUGGCUGAUGAGUGAUGUCAGAGGUGAGCAUACUGCCUUCAGUGAUGCAGCACAAGAGGAUACACUUCUUUGCCAGACAUCGAAUGGGGAUGUAGUUGCAUUUGAUGCUAAAGAAGCAGAUGAUGAUGGCAAUGGUGUUGCUUCAUCUGAUGUUCAGCUGUCACUGCAGGAACUCCUUGUAAGCAUCGACAUCAACAGCACCAAGAUGGGACAGCUGCAGGCAAGACACGGUAGACUCAAUGCCUUUCUUCAACAAAUGAAUGUUGCAUCUUGCCUGCUGCUUUAUCAUCACCAUGCUGGUGCCAUCAGUAAAGACCAACCACCAGUGUCCUGUCAGGUCAAUGUUCAGUCACAAGUGGAAUACCACUGCAUCCAGCAUUUUGUGGUGGUUAGACUGGUGAAUAAUAGUUUGGCAGCAUUGACUUCUGAAUGGAGUGUUACCGUCGUUAUACAAGAAUGCUAUGGGGAUAACCACCUUUUCAGCUCCAAUUCUCCUAGCAAGGAAGUAUUUCCCUCAUCAUCACACACAUUUGCUCUUUAUCGUGGUUUGUCUUCAGGUCAGCAAGCCAGCUUCCGAAUUCCAGUAUCUUAUCUCACUUUUUCUACACAACUGAUGGUACAAGUCAUGAUGUCUUUGCGCUUUCUCAAAGAGAUGAGCAAUGAAAAAAGCAUGAAACCUUACGAAUGUUUGUUUAUACCAGUUCAAGUAACUAUUUUAGAUGUGUUUGACUUUCUGCAAGAAAAAGAAACAGAUUCUACUGUCUCAUUUUCUGCAAGGACUUUGAUGGUGGAUGAUUAUAUAGAUGGUCUACAACAUGGGAGAAAAUUUUCUGCAGAAAAUAAGGUGAACUUUGCAGAAGCCCAAGGCUACACCAUCAGUGAAGCUGUACCAGAUACCUUUUGCAAAGAUUUUAAUAUUGAAACACCCUUUAGCCUCAUCACCCUUAUUGCAUCUUGGACCCAGAUGGAUGGAUCAGCUUUAAAACCUCCUCUUGCCAAGUGUUCUUUUCAGGACCCAAAUAGCACCCCUUUAUCUGUGUUUAUAGAGGAGAAUCUUGGUGAAACAAAAACAAAUAGUCUAAUUUCAAAGGUCUGCCCUUUCAGGGUCAUUAUGAAAUCUAUCAAUAUGUCGAUGCUAGCCCAAGCCAAAAUUGCACUUGGUCGAAGAAUGCAGCCCUCAGCCAGAGUGCACAAGGAACUUACAGUAGGCAGUGUUCAGAAACUGACUGACAGAAUCGAGAAACUGCUACAAGAACUGAAGGCCCUGCAGAUGAAUUUUACAGAAGUCAGCCACCUGUCCAGCCAGAACAUUGCUACUGCCUGCAGCUUGUAUGAAAAAAUGAGAAGUCUUCUUCAAUGACCAAAUCAUUUUUCUUACUUUGUGUUACAUGCAUACUUAUCUCUUGAUAAGGACCAUAUGCACACUGAUAACCUUCAGCAGAACUGUGAUGAGGUUUUCGGACCAGGAGUAAACAGGUUUUUUUUUCCUUUCUUUUUGUAGUGGUGGGUUUCUUUAUAUUUUACUUAUUCUGUUGAUUCAGUACUUUCUUCCACUGGGACUGUGCAAAGUAUGUUAAUGCUGAUGUUUAGUGAGCAGUGGAUUGUGGUUGUUUGAAUAGCUUUUAAAACUGAGCUUCAACAUAAACAAAAGGCACUGUAUUUUAGAGCAAAAACUUGUUCCGCAAGUGGAUAUUUAUGAAUUUCGGACAAGAAUCCUAUUCUGAAAAGGGCAGUGUUAUGUCAUAUUUUCACCAGACAACCCAGCUGUUGGGAACAGGUACCGGAGUCCAUAGUAGGAUAAAGGUGAAACAGUGUGUGGUAGAUUUGGCACCAUCCUCACACAAAAAAUUGGCCCAGUGUGGCCUCUUGCCACCUUAUUCCCCAAAGAACAAAAAGAGGUUACAUAGGGAACAACCCCUAUUAUACUGAACACAAUUCCUCUCACUUAUAUCCUUUUGGCUGAAGAUAUACUUUUUUCUCAGUACCUUUAAUGGUAUUAAAUUAUUAAAUGUCAAUUACAAUGCAAAGCUGGGAUAUACAGUGAUACCUCGGUUCUCGAACAUAAUUCGUUCCGGGAGGACGGUCGAGAACCAAAUUGUUCGAGAACCGAAGCAAUGAAACCUAUAGGA